AUGGUCGUAAUAUCAAUUGCUCAAGGAAAAUUAAAAGGUGGUGAAACAAAAACUGACGAUGGUGUAACGUAUUACGAAUUCUUAGGGGUUCCAUACGCAAAACCUCCGACUGGCAAGUUGCGCUUUAGGUUAAGUAAAUAUACAAAUCCCCAGCCCCCGGAAUCAUGGGAUGGUGAAAGAGACGCGACAUUUAUUACUGAAGACAAGAUAUGUUGUCAAACAGAUAUUUUACGAGGAAAACAAAUUGGAAGUGAGGACUGCCUUUAUCUCAAUGUCUAUACUCCAAGAUUACCUGAUAAGAAUAUAGAUUUUUUACCAGUAAUGGUUUUUGUACACGGAGGAGGUUUUAUUAGUGGUAAUGGUAUAAUGAAACAAGAGUAUAAUCCAGAUUAUUUGAUUAAAAACGACGUUGUUGUUGUAACAUUUAAUUACAGAUUGGGUGUCCUCGGUUUCUUAUCGUUAGAUAUUCCUGAAGCGAGUGGAAAUGUUGGCUUGAAAGAUCAAGUGCAAGCUUUGAAAUGGGUCCAAACUAACAUUGGCAAGUUUGGUGGAGAUCCUAACAAUGUUACUAUUUUUGGAAUAAGUGCUGGAUCAGCUUCAGUUGAUUAUCAUCUUUUGUCACCUCUAUCAAAAGGUCUGUUUCAUAAGGCAAUUCUUCAGUCUGGAUCGUGUCUUAAUCAUUGGGCUAUCAAUUAUGAACCAAAAAAAGUCGUAGAAAAACUUUUAGAAAAUAUGGGAUAUAACGGAUCAACUCGGGAUAUUCGAGCUUUACAUGAGUAUCUUAUUAACAGUCCUCUUUUAGACCUUGUACAGGCAAGUUAUAAAGAUAUAGAAAGCUUAGCUCCUAACAGAACGUUUAUAGGUUUUGUACCAACUAUCGAAAAAAGCUUUGGCGAUAACGAAGCAAUAAUAACUGAUAUUCCUUACAAACUAUUCAAAAAGGGCAAAUUCAAUCGCGUGCCAGUUAUUAAGGGUUUUUGUAACAAAGAAGGUUAUUUGGUCAAUGCAUUCAGACCACAUCUCAUCCCAGAUAUAAUUAAAAACUUAAAUUUUAUUGAUCAUUGGGCAUAUGAAUUAGAAGCAAGUGACAAAAUGAAGCAUAAUACGAGAUUUGUAGAAGCAUAUUCAGGAAAUGUGCACCCUGAAGAUGAUAACGACAAAGUUGGAAUUGAUUUCUUCGGGGACUUUGAUUUUGUGGCAGGUAUUAAGAUAAGCGGAGAAAUCAUGGCAAAACAAGAUGUUCCGGUUUACUUUUAUGAAUUCUGUUACGACGGAAAAAUAAAUUUUUUCAAAAACGCAUUUGGAAUAACACGUAAAGGUGCAGCUCACGGCGAUGAUACAAGUUAUAUAUUUAAACUUGCUUUUUCGAUUCUCGCCGAGAAAAAAGACAAAGAAGUUAGAGCCAAUAUUUGCAAAAUGUGGACUAAUUUUGCUAAAGCAGGGAAACCCAUACUAGAUGAUAUUCCUAUCCAGUGGGAUAAUUACACUGAAGAAUGUCCAUCAUAUCUCAUCAUUGGAAACGAAUUCAAGAUUGGAUCUGUUUACAAACCGGAAAAAAUGGCUAUUUUUAAAGAAAUUUAUGAUAAAUAUGAAAAAUGACUUGUACA